AUGCUUGAUUAUACACAAGAAGCAUGGUGGUCACCGAUAUUAACACCAUCAUCAUCAAGAAUACAUUUAUCUAUAAGUGUAGUUGCAAGUCAUUUAUUCGUUUGUGAAGGAAUACAUUUAGAUGAAAGUGGUCUUGUAUUAGUUUUAUUAAUUGAACAAUUUCUUCCAUUAGCAUAUAUAUCUGUAUUACGUUUAGCUGAAUUAAUUGUUUAUGAUCGUAUUGAAACGAUGUUAACACUUGACCAACAAACAUUAAAUAAACAAUUAUUACCUAAAUAUUUACUAUUAAUUUUAUAA